GCGCUGAGCCUGAGGUUGAAGCUCCAGCGGCUUAAUUGCACCAUCGCCCGAAACAGCGGCCAAAGAAACAAGGAUCCCGGGGCCAAUCGGGAAGGAAGGGAAGGGAUUCUGGAGACACCCAGCGGGAACAAGUUUCACUCGUGCCCUAUCAUUUGAUUUCGUAACCAGAAGUGAGUGAGAGCGAUUCAGCCCACGGCGACCGGGAGGCGGGCGACACCUCCAGGGAAAGGAGAAGGGGAGAUGCAUGGCCAUGGAGACUAUGACUCUGAUUUUAGUGAUGAUGAACACUGUGGGGAAUCUAGAAAAGGGAAAAAAAAGACAGUUGAAGAUGAUUUACUACUCAAAAAGCCAUUUCAGAAAGAAAAACAUGGAAAAGUGGCCCAUAAACAAGUCGCAGCAGAAUUGCUGGAUAGGGAAGAAGCAAGAAAUAGAAGAUUUCACCUCAUAGCUAUGGAUGCUUAUCAAAGACAUACAAAAUUUGUAAAUGACUAUAUUUUAUACUAUGGCGGCAAAAAAGAAGACUUCAGGAGAGUGGGGGAAAAUGACAAGACUGAUAUGGACGUUAUACGAGAAAACCAUAGAUUCCUGUGGAAUGAGGAGGAUGAAAUGGACAUGAAUUGGGAGAAGAGACUUGCAAAGAAAUACUAUGAUAAGUUAUUCAAGGAAUACUGCAUAGCAGAUCUCAGUAGAUACAAAGAAAAUAAGUUUGGAUUUAGGUGGCGAAUAGAAAAAGAAGUAAUUUCAGGGAAAGGACAGUUUUUCUGCGGAAAUAAAUGCUGUGAUGAAAAAGAAGGCUUAAAGAGUUGGGAAGUUAAUUUUGGUUAUAUUGAGCAUGGGGAAAAGAGAAAUGCACUUGUUAAGUUAAGAGAAAAGAAGUCAAGUCAAAAAAAAGAAAGGAUAAAACCAAUAAAGAUUACGAAGAGUCACCACAUAAAAGAUCUAGAUUAUCAUCUACAGAAGAGACAACUAAGAAAAAGGAUAAAGGACAUUCAUCCUCAAAGAAAUCAGAAAAUUCUACAAGUAAACACUCUGAUGAAGAAGAAAGUGCCUCAGAAUCUGAGCUUUGGAAAGGCCCACUACCAGAGACAGAUGAAAAAUCACAGGAAGAAGAAUUUGAUGAUUAUUUUCAAGAUUUAUUUCUGUGAGAUGGAGAAAGAAAAUGAACCUACAUUUCUUGAUGUGAAAGUAUACUUUAAAAUGCUUCACAAAAAUGGUAUUUGUAAGUUAUGGCUUGAGUUGUUUGUCACUGAAAAUAAAAGUCUUAUCCUCAGGAUUUCAGAUGCUUUGUAAAGUCAUUGGUUCUAUUACAGAUACUUUUCUUCAUCCAUUAUGCAUUUUUUCCCAACAACUUUGUUAGGAAAAUGAUAUAGAGAUUCCAUUGUUCUUACAUUUUAUACGGAUUUUUUUUCCUACUGAUUUUAUAGUUAUUGUCUCUGGCCUUACUUACUUUAAAUAAUUAGAAUUAUAGGGGUCUCAGAAAACUUAUAUGUGUUAUAGUAUAUGGACCUGGGUUCAAGGCCCCACUUCCCACCUGCAGGAGAAAAGCUUCACAAAUGGUGAAACAGUGCUAUAAUCUCUCUCCCCAUCUCCCUAUUUCCUCUCAAUUUCUUUAUUUCUCUACCCAAAUAAACAUUUUUUAAAAAUA